AUCUACCAACAUUAAGUUUUUCGUACAUUUCUACACUUUCCAGCAAAGGAAAGAUGUAAAGACGGUUGCGAAAGAACUGCACCCGAACAAUAAUAUAAAGUAUAAUUUUUGUUAAGUUCGAAACUCUCUGGCCGAGGUCUUGGCUGCGUCAACUAGUAACAUCUAAAUAUUGUAGCGGAAGUGCAGUUUUAUGUUAAAGUGUUACUGUGUCUUGGUACAAACGAGGAUAGAUUAACAAUGGAGAAAAAUGUGAAAAACUAGAGCGGUACGUCAUCUCGAGUUAUGUGCUUAUGAGUGAUUGGGACAAAAUACAGUGCAAUUUCUGCGAUGGCUCCUUUCAAACUCAAGUUCCGCAUGGGCAGUGGUUCGUCGCGCAGCACGUCUCAGGAACAGCACGCUCCAGUAGAUAGUCAAACUAAUUCUCUUGGAGGAUUUUCGAACAGUUCGAACGCAAUUGAUUUUAUUGAUGAGUCAGAGCAGAGUAACGAUAAUCUUGUUUCGAUGAGCAACGAUCAACGAGCCUUAUUAUUAACCAGUGAUACUCCCGACGAACAAAUUUCAGGAUACGACAAUCCUGCUCUAAGCAACACCGAAACAGCGAAUAUCAUACCUCUUAGUCCGCCUCCGUCAUACGAGUACGUGCUUGAAGAAAACCGCAUGGCAGCAUUGGACAAGGAAAACAAUCGGACAUCCUUACUUAGCGAAUCCAUAGCUACUCUAAACCUGGAGCAUGUGUCAAGCAACUCGUUGGGUGCGGAGAACAGUUCAGCUUUCCCAGAAAAGGACACACCUAGUUCGACAACACACCAGGAAUCCACAGAUUCAUCUCUACACACCUUCAGCUCGGCGAUCACUUCUUCGCAAGAGAACUUGCUUAAUUGCACCGGCUCUUGUAACUCUGUGUAUCAGCUCAGCUGCAAUACAGCACUGCAAAGUCUAGUUGAAGAUGUGGAAACAAUGACUUUUGACGAAACCUGCCUUUCACAAGACAACCAGGAGGGCCUAGCUUCUGACGAAGAGUGCAGCGUUGAUAGCACUGCCCCGCAAAUUCUCUAUUUACACACCGGCUCUCGGAGCGAAGUAAAGGGUCCAGAAAUACUUUACAAGUCCAGCAAACGACUAUACAAAGCUGUAGCCAAAGAGUGCGGGAUCUCGUGCAAAAUGUCCGAUCAGUGCCGCUGCUUGGAUUGCCAAAGCCGAUACUUUGACUGCGAGUACGAUCAGAACGAGCACGAGAAAACCGACGGAGGCCUAGGCGCCGGGACACCAAUGUUCAUCAGUGAGGUGAUGCACGGUUCUGCAUGCAUUAUUCUUUAAGUCUGCAUGAAGCAUAGGGUUUUGAUACGCAAACUAAUGGAUUAAAUACUGUUCUGGAUGUCAUAUAGCGCAUGAGUAUUUCUAGGAUUUUAGUCAGAAACCCCAAUGGCAGGCGAUAAAGUCGAUUUUGACGGUGUAACAUUAAAUAGAACGAUAUGCAAUUGAUUAAAUGAAAAAGACCAGGGAAACGUUAGUUUUCUUCAACUUCGCAGUACUGGGCGACUUUUUAGAGAGUGGAACACAUUUGUGCACGAGGCACAUCCAUCAUUAGCAAAACAUGAUGUCCGUAAUGCAAGGAAUGCCAGUACAACGCAACAAGUGAGAGCUAGCUAGGGGAUUGAGCUCUUUAUAACAAAGAAACGAUACAGGCCUUGAAUGACUAGCGAAUGAGUUAAACGAUUCUAUUAGUUUAUUUGUCUCUUAAGUCGGUCGACUCGUCUCUUAUGUCGAUCGUCGAUCGAAACAGUGCUGCCAACUAACUAAACGGUGAAGCUUUGGUUUCUCGCGCUACUCGUAAUGUAACAUUGCUAAUGUAACUGUUAAACCCCAUCUCUUCAAUAAAAUUAUUUAUGAAAAAGUAUCACACGCGGUGCUAGAGCAUAAGCGCAGAGGAAGUGUAAUGAACAACGAGCUAGAAUCUGCUAUUCUCCUUGCAUCUUCAAAACACGCAUCAACUCUCACUGCCCACCUACAACCAUCGAUCUUACGAGUUUCCAGAUGAUCUAUAAUCCUUCAAGGAGUCCAAGGUGUCUACAGAGUUAAGGG